AUAGAUGACAGAUAAGCGAUUGAAAUUGUUGGGUGCGGUGUGCUGUUUUCAUAAAAAGAAUAUUUUUAAAUAUCAAUAAAUAAAUUUCCAGGCGUUUUCAACGAAACCUGAGUACCAAUAUCGAUACCUGUUCUGACUAAAUUAUUGGAGAAUUAAAAAAUAUCAGUUAAGGAGUUCCUUAAUAAUUACUGAAGAUGGAUCAGAUUCCACCUCCGAAGGAGGUUAAAAUCCUUGAAACAGCGGAAGAUAUUCAAGAGAGGCGUCAACAGGUUUUAGCUCGUUAUGACAACUUUAAGGCGGACGCUAGAGCAAAGAGAGAAAAGUUAGAAGAUUCCAGGCGUUUCCAAUACUUCAAAAGAGAUGCGGACGAAUUGGAAUCUUGGAUACUGGAAAAGCUUCAAGCAGCUUCUGAUGAAAGUUAUAAAGAUCCUACCAAUCUUCAAGCUAAAAUUCAGAAACACCAAGCUUUUGAGGCCGAAGUAGCAGCUCACAGCAAUGCUAUUGUUGUGUUGGAUAAUACUGGUCGAGAAAUGAUCAACCAAAAUCACUAUGAAUCUGAAACUAUCAGGAGACGCCUGGAGGAGCUUCACCGUUUGUGGGAACAACUACUUUCCAAAUUGGCUGAGAAAGGCUUAAAAUUACAGCAAGCCUUAGUUUUGGUUCAAUUCAUCAGACAUUGUGACGAAGUUAUGUUCUGGAUAAAUGAAAAGAGCGCAUUUUUAUCAACUGAAGAAUUUGGACAUGAUUUAGAACAUGUUGAAGUACUCCAAAGAAAAUUUGAUGAAUUUCAAAAGGAUAUGGCAUCACAGGAAUAUCGUGUCACUGAAGUUAACGAGUUAGCUGAUAAACUUAUACAAGAUGGUCACCCUGAACGUGAUCAAAUUACCAACAGAAAGGAGGAAUUAAACCAAGCAUGGCAACGACUGAAGCAGAUGACCGUUUUACGUCAGGAAAAACUAUACGGCGCUCACGAAAUUCAAAGAUUUAAUAGAGACGCUGACGAAACCGUUGCCUGGAUUUCUGAAAAAGACGUUGUACUCUCUUCUGAUGACUAUGGUCGAAAUUUGGCUAGUGUUCAGGCGUUGCAGCGCAAACACGAAGGCGUUGAACGAGAUUUGGCAGCAUUGGAAGAUAAAGUUUCCACUUUAGGGAAAGAAGCUGACAGGUUGUGUGGAAUUCAUGGCGAUCAUGCAGAACAAAUUCAUGCCAAGAGGGCAGAAAUUGAAGAUUAUUGGCUUCGUUUAACUGCUAAAGCAAAGGAAAGGCGCGAAAGACUAGAAGAAUCGCAUGCUCUGCAUCGAUUCUUGGCUGACUUCAGAGAUCUAAUUUCCUGGAUUAAUGAUAUGAAAGCGAUUAUUUCAGCAGACGAAUUGGCAAAAGAUGUUGCUGGUGCUGAAGCUUUAAUAGAGCGUCACCAAGAGCAUCGUGGUGAAAUUGACGCACGCGAGGACAGCUUUGCCUCUACUAUUGCUGCCGGUAAAAAUUUACUAGAGAAAGGUCACUACGCUAGUGACGAAGUCAAAGAGAAGCUUCUAGCUUUGGAUUCAGACAAAAUAUCGCUCAUUGCUCUAUGGGAUGAAAGAAGAAUUUUGUAUGAGCAAUGUAUGGACUUGCAAUUGUUUUAUCGCGACACUGAACAGGCUGAUACAUGGAUGGCAAAACAAGAAGCCUUCCUUGCAAACGAAGAUUUAGGGGACUCUCUUGAUUCUGUGGAGGCGCUUAUUAAGAAACAUGAAGAUUUUGAGAAGAGUUUAGCUGCCCAAGAAGAAAAAAUUAAAGCUUUGGAUGAUUUUGCAACCAAAUUAAUCAACGGUGAACAUUAUGCUGCUGAUGAUGUGGCACAAAGACGCGCUAUGCUUCUUGAACGCAGAAGAAUCCUGAAAGAAAAAUCUAACACACGUCGUGAACUUUUGGAAGAUGCUAAUAAACUACAACAGUUUGAAAGAGAUUGCGAUGAAACCAAAGGUUGGAUUAAUGAAAAACUUAAAUUCGCUUUAGACGAAAGCUAUUUAGAUCCAACCAAUUUGGGCGGUAAAGUUCAAAAACAUCAGAACUUUGAACAAGAAUUGAAUGCUAACAAAUCCAGAAUGGAAGAGAUAACUUCAACUGGGCAGGAAUUAAUUGAAGCAAGACAUUAUGCUUCGCCGAGAAUUCAAUCUCGUAUGGAAGAAAUUGUUCAGCUUUGGGAAACACUUGUCCAGGCUACUGAUAAGAAAAACUCAAAACUGGAAGAGGCCAGUCAACAACAGCAGUUUAACAGGACUAUUGAAGAUAUUGAAUUAUGGUUGAGUGAAAUUGAAGGACAAUUGUUGAGCGAAGAUUAUGGAAAGGAUUUGACCAGUGUUCAGAAUUUGCAGAAAAAGCAUGUUCUGUUGGAAGCGGACGUGGCUUCUCAUCAGGACAGAAUUGAGGCUAUCACUUCCUCAGCCCACCAAUUUGUAGAACGUGGUCAUUUUGAUGCUGAUAACAUCGCCCAUAAGCAGAAAGUUUUGACUGACAGAUAUACAGCCUUACAGACUCCUAUGGCUGUUAGAAAACAACGACUUUUGGAUUCAUUACAAGUGCAACAACUAUUCCGUGAUAUUGAAGAUGAGGAAUCUUGGAUUCGCGAAAAGGAACCUAUUGCAGCGUCCAGUAAUAGAGGCCGCGACUUAAUCGGCGUUCAAAAUCUGAUCAAAAAGCACCAAGCAGUCUUGGCAGAAAUCAAUAACCACGAUGCCCGAAUUACUGCUGUCCUUGAGGCCGGCAGGCAAAUGACUGAAGAUGAGCAUUUUGCCAGUGAUGAAAUUAAAAACAGAGUUACCGCUCUGAAUGAACAUUGGGAACACCUGAAAGAGAAAGCACAACAAAGAAAGCAAGACCUAGAGGACUCCUUACAAGCUCAUCAAUAUUAUGCUGACGCAAACGAAGCAGAAUCGUGGAUGAAGGAGAAAGAGCCAAUUGUUGCUAAUACCGACUAUGGCAAAGAUGAAGAUUCUUCCGAGGCAUUACUGAAAAAACACGAAGCAUUACUCAGCGAUUUGAUCGCCUUUGGAAAUACCAUCGAUUCGUUAAAGGAGCAAGCCAGGAACUGUCGCCAACAAGAACCACCAGUUGUAGAUGUUACUGGAAGGGAAACUGUUCAAGCUCUUUAUGAUUAUACCGAAAAAUCUGCCAGAGAAGUUUCCAUGAAAAAAGGCGAUCUGCUUCAUUUACUUAACUCAAAUAAUAAAGAUUGGUGGAAAGUGGAAAUUCAUGAUCGCCAAGGUUUUGUUCCAGCAGCUUAUGUUAAGAAAGUCGAUGCUGGUCUAACAGCUUCCCAACAAAAUCUUAUUGAAAAUAGCUCUAUUUCUGCGCGUCAAGCACAAAUCAAUGCCCAGUAUGACAGACUACUCGCUUUGGCCCACGAACGACAAGAUAAACUUAACGAAACUGUCAAAGCCUACGUCUUGGUACGCGAAGCUGCAGAAUUAGCCAACUGGAUCAAAGAUAAAGAAAUGCACGCCCAGGUUCAAGAUGUCGGUGAAGAUUUAGAACAAGUUGAAGUUUUACAAAAGAAAUUCGACGAUUUCCAAACCGAUCUUAAAGCUAACGAAGUCAGGUUGGCCCAAAUGAAUGAAAUCGCUAUGCAGUUGGUUUCUUUGGGACAAACUGAAGCUGCUUUGAAAAUCAGAACUCAGAUGGACGAACUGAACACUAAGUGGACAAGUUUGCAACAACUAACAUCCGAACGAGCUCAACAACUUGGGUCUGCUCAUGAAGUUCAAAGAUUCCAUCGUGAUGUUGAUGAAACCAAAGACUGGAUACAGGAGAAAGAUGAAGCAUUAAAUAAUGACGAUCUCGGCAAAGAUCUUCGAAGUGUGCAAGCUCUUCAGAGAAAGCAUGAAGGGUUAGAAAGGGACCUUGCCGCUUUAGGUGACAAAAUUAAACAAUUGGAUGAUAUAGCCGUUCGUCUUAGACAAUCGCAUCCAGAACAAGCCGAACAAACUCUUAUUAAACAAAAAGAAAUAACAGAAUUGUGGACUCAACUGACAGCUAAGGCAAAUUCAAGAAAGGAAAAAUUGUUGGAUGCAUAUGAUUUACAAAGAUUCUUGAACGAUCAUCGCGAUCUUUUAGCAUGGAUUAAUUCCAUGUUAGGAUUAGUUAGCUCUGAAGAACUUGCAAACGAUGUUACUGGUGCCGAAGCUUUAAUUGAAAGACAUCAGAACUACAAGGCGGAAAUUGAGACCAGAUAUGGAUAUCCACAGGAGCACCGCACUGAAAUUGACGCACGAGCUGGAAGUUUUCAUGCUUUAGAACAAUUUGGACAGCAACUACUGAACUCCAAUCAUUAUGCUUCUCCAGAAAUUCAGGAAAAACUGGAACAACUUCAUCAAGCUAGAGCCGAUUUAGAAAAAGCCUGGAUCGACAGAAGACUAUUGUUGGAUCAAAACUUGGAACUUAACUUGUUCUACAGAGAUUGUGAACAAGCGGAAAACUGGAUGAGCGACAGAGAAGCGUUUUUGGCUGCGGACGAAGUAGAUUCCAAUGGGGACAAUGUUGAAGCAUUGAUCAAGAAACAUGAAGAUUUUGACAAAGCUAUUAACGCUCAUGAGGAAAAAAUUGCAACCUUGCAAAGUUUAGCCAAGGAACUUAUUGGAAGGGAACAUUAUGCUACAAAACCAAUUAAUGAUAAAUGUAAUCAAGUCUUGGAUAGAUGGCAUCAUCUCAAAGAUGCUUUAAUCCAAAAGCGGUCUAAAUUAGGAGAAAGCCAAACGUUGCAACAAUUCUCUCGAGAUGCCGAUGAAAUUGAAAAUUGGAUUGCAGAGAAACUUCAGUUGGCUACUGAGGAGAGUUAUAAGGAUCCAGCCAACAUUCAAUCAAAACAUCAAAAACAUCAAGCUUUUGAAGCCGAAUUGGCCGCUAAUGCUGACCGUAUACAAAGUGUUUUGGCAAAUGGUGGUAAUUUGAUUGACAAAAGUCAAUGCGGAGGAUCGGAGGAGGCCGUUAAAAAGAGAUUGGAAUCUAUCGCUGAUCAGUGGGAGUACCUAACUCAAAAGACCACAGAGAAGAGCAUGAAACUGAAGGAAGCUAAUAAGCAAAGAACUUACAUUGCAGCAGUUAAAGAUUUAGAUUUUUGGCUGGGCGAAGUUGAGAGUUUGCUAACUAGUGAAGAUGCUGGCAAAGAUUUAGCUUCAGUACAGAACUUAAUGAAGAAACAUCAACUUGUGGAAGCUGAUAUUCAACAUCAUGAAGAUAGAAUUAAAGAUAUGAAUGACCAAGCUGAUUCAUUGAUUGAAUCGGGACAGUUCGACACCGCCUCAAUUCAAGAAAAACGUCAAUCGAUUAACGAACGUUACGAACGAAUUAAGAAUUUGGCCGCUCAUAGACAGGCUAGACUAAACGAAGCCAACACUUUACACCAGUUCUUCAGAGAUAUCGCCGACGAAGAGUCCUGGAUUAAAGAGAAAAAAUUACUUGUUGGUAGUGACGACUAUGGUCGCGACUUGACAGGUGUUCAAAACCUGAAGAAGAAACAUAAGCGUCUUGAAGCCGAAUUAGCUUCUCACGAACCCGCUAUUCAAGCUGUUCAGGAAGCUGGAGAGAAGCUAAUGGAUGUGUCUAACUUGGGAGUCCCCGAAAUCGAGCAAAGAUUGAAAGCUCUGAAUCAGGCCUGGGCCGAACUGAAACAGUUUGCCGCAACCAGAGGACAGAAAUUGGAUGAAAGUCUAAUGUACCAACAGUUCUUGACUAAAGUUGAAGAAGAAGAAGCUUGGAUAAGCGAGAAACAACAGCUUCUCAGUGUGGAUGACUAUGGAGAUUCCAUGGCAGCUGUUCAAGGACUUUUGAAGAAACACGACGCAUUUGAAACUGACUUCCAAGCUCAUAGGAGUCGUUGCAAGAAUAUAAGUGAGGAAGGUGCUCAACUCGCCGCUCAAGGCAACCAUCAUGCUGAAAGUAUAAACCAACGUUGCCAGCAAUUACAGGCGAAAUUGGACCACUUGGCUGCCCUAGCAGCUAAAAGGAAAGCUAAAUUGGUGGACAAUUCUGCUUAUUUGCAGUUUAUGUGGAAGGCUGAUGUUGUAGAGAGCUGGAUUGCUGAUAAGGAAACUCAUGUUAAAAGCGAGGAAUAUGGGCGAGAUCUUUCAUCAGUGCAGACAUUGCUUACAAAACAAGAAACCUUUGAUGCUGGUUUAACUGCCUUUGAACAUGAAGGCAUUCAAAACAUUACAUCUUUGAAAGAUCAACUUGUAGCUUCAAACCAUGAUCAAACUGCUACUAUCGUUCAAAGACACGCCGACGUUAUCGCUAGAUGGCAACGUCUUCUAUCAAACUCCGAUGCCAGGAAACAGCGUUUGUUGAGCAUGCAAGAACAAUUUAAGGAAAUCGAAGAACUGUUUCUUAUGUUCGCCAAGAGAGCGUCGGCCUUUAAUUCUUGGUUUGAGAAUGCCGAAGAAGAUUUAACUGAUCCUGUAAGAUGCAACUCCAUUGAGGAAAUUAGGGCUCUAAGAGACGCUCAUGCCCAAUUUCAGGCUUCUCUUUCGAGCGCUCAAGCAGAUUUCGAUGCUCUCGCCGCACUAGAUCGCCAGAUCAAGUCUUUCAAUGUCGGACCUAAUCCAUACACUUGGUUCAACAUGGAUGCUCUGGGAGAAACUUGGCGUAAUCUCCAGAAGAUCAUCGCUGAGCGGGAUGCCGAAUUGGACAAAGAGGCUCAGAGACAAGAAGAAAAUGAUAAGCUGAGAAAGGAGUUUGCUAAGCACGCCAACGCCUUCCAUCAAUGGUUGACAGAGACUCGAACCUCAAUGAUGGAGGGUUCAGGAUCGUUAGAGCAACAAUUAGAAGCUACUAAGCGUAAAGCGGCAGAAGUUAGAGCUCGCCGUUCGGAUCUGAAGAAGAUUGAAGACUUGGGCGCCAUAUUAGAAGAGCAUCUUAUUUUGGACAACAGAUAUACGGAACAUUCUACCGUCGGACUUGCGCAACAGUGGGAUCAACUAGACCAGUUGGGAAUGAGAAUGCAACAUAAUUUGGAACAACAGAUUCAAGCUCGAAACCAAUCAGGUGUAAGUGAAGACGCUCUGAAAGAAUUCUCGAUGAUGUUCAAGCACUUUGACAAGGACAAGUCUGGAAAACUUAACCAUCAAGAAUUUAAGAGCUGUUUGAGGGCUCUUGGUUACGAUUUGCCCAUGGUUGAGGAAGGACAACCCGAUCCAGAGUUUGACGCAAUUUUGAAUGUGGUCGAUCCUAACAGGGAUGGCAAUGUCUCGCUUCAAGAAUACAUGGCAUUUAUGAUCAGUAAAGAGACGGAGAAUGUCCAAAGCUCUGAAGAGAUUGAAAAGGCCUUUAGGGCGAUUACUGCAGGAGAUCGUCCUUAUGUUACCAAGGAAGAGUUAUACGCGAACUUGACAAAGGAGAUGGCGGAUUACUGCGUGGCCAGAAUGAAACCUUACACCGAACCUAAGACGGAAAGGCCGAUAGCAGGCGCUUUGGACUACAUAGAUUUUACACGUACGCUCUUCCAGAAUUAAAGCUUCGGAACGUUAGAAGAUAUUUUAGUUUGUAAGGCUUAAAUAAUAUAUUUUUUAUUUAUAUAAAGUAUACAAUUAAUGUCUGUACUAAUUCUAACUAUUUGAGCUUUUGAAAGAAAUCAGGUUACGGAAGCGAUCGCUUUAAUUAUCACUCACUUUUGCAGCAGCUCUUUGAACGAAACGAUAAUCUUUCCCGCAGCUUGUUUUAGUUAGAUGUGUUAGUUAAGUUUUGACGUAUUACGAAUAUAUAUUUUUAUGUUCUAAUGAAUUAAGGGAUCAUAUUAUAGUGUUUCCUUGAAAUUCAAUAAAAUAAACUGCUUUAUGACA